UACCAGAUCUGGUAGCUCACUUUUGCAAUCAGAAGAAAAAAGAUGUAAAAAUCUCACCCAGUUUUGGAGUUUAUUACCACUUUUCAUUUUAAUCACUCAUCACAACCCACCCAAAUCCACCUGCACAACCACAACGUCGCCACCACUAACCACCGCCAAUUAGCACCACCGAGAUGGAUCACAAUGAGAUCUCCAUGUGUCUCGAUGUCAAACUGGAUACACACGACAAGCGGGCGCUGGCCCUGCGCUAUAAAACCUGGACCAGAUGUCAGGUAAAAAUUGAAGCCAUCAAAUGUGUGCCCUGCUUCUUGCGUCUGAGUUUUCAAGAGGAAUAUCCCGAUCGGUCCGAGAAAUUUAAUGAGUCGGCAAAGCUGCUAAGCAUCUCUGUUAAUGUUCCUGGCGUCAGUAUCAGUUUGGCCACCUCGCGAACCAAGCAGCACUCAUAUGGACUCUUUUGGAUGCAGAAUCGUCGAGAUUGUUUUAUAUACUUUGCCUUGGAAACGGAACUGGCUUGUCGUCGGCACAUGAAAUGGGUAAAGAAAUCCAUUAAAAAUCUCGAACUCUAUCGACAGGUAUUCCUCGAACAGCGGCGACUGAGUCGUAUACCAAGACCAUUGCCCAAUUUACCCGAAACCAGUCAUUUGGAUUCGAGCAAUUUUUCGGCUCGCGUCUCACAAAUCUAUGAGGAAAUCUUUGAUGGCAGUCGCAUCUCCAGAGCUUCUCUGGCCUCAGGCAUCUAUGAAGAGAUGAAGCCGUCUAAAGAAAUGGAGACACCUACGCCGCCGCCCUUGCCCCAAGCCCAUCCCUAUCGCAAGAGGAUCAACACAUUUGAGUGUAAUCAGCCAGGUUUGAGUGAGAUUCCUCGUUGCUCCACCAAUCCCGAGUCAGAAUUGGCCAAGAAAAAGAAGUAUAAAAAUAUGUUGGAUAACAUCUUCGGCAAUGGCAAGCAAAAACAGGAGGAAGAGAAAGUGAUUCUCUAUGAGAAUGCUCCUACUCCGCCACUAAAACGUUCCAGUGUGAACCAAUUAAAUAAAUCCCAACGUAAUAGUUUCUCCAGUCCUGAUCUCUCCAAGCUCAAUUUUCUGGACACUUUUGGUGAGGCAUUCCUUCCCACCAAUGAGUCAGCCAGCGAUGUAGAGCUCAACAUAAGCUUGGAUGAGUCGGCCAUCGAGCCAGUGGAUGAGAAGGAAACACGACAGCAAUUGGUGGCUGAGAUUGCUCGGCGUUUGAUAACCAAAGCCGAUUCCCUCGAGAGUUUAAAUGUGUCCGAGCAGUUGCCGCACAACUUCAAUUUCUCUGCCUGUAAUACAUCCACAAUUAAUCUAAUUGGCGCCAAUGGUGCCGUGCCGCAUAGUAGUUUGGUGAAGAAUAAGAAUAAGAUUUUGGUAGACGAUCUUACUGGCUACUGUGUGAUGGCUCCCAUCAAGAAAAAGGAUGAGCAGGAGGGUGUUCCAGUUCAACCGCAAAUAAGUACAGGAAGUACCGGUUCAUCCACAUCUUCGGGUUACUCUACCAAAUCGUAUACCUCAUCUUCUAGCAGUUGUCAUACAAACACUGAGGAGCAACAAAUGCAGCAGCAGCAGCAGCAGCUGCGGCAACCGCCGAUUACCACCAACAAAUCCUUGACAUUGACGAAUGAAAGUGCCAUCUAUGAGCCCAUGCAUAAUGCCAGCUCCUUGAAUAACACUGACGCAUUGGUAUCCGGCAAUGGCUUUGCCGAGCAUCUCUAUGAGAAUUUGCUGGCCAUCAAAGCGGCCCAAGAACUGGAACAGCAAACGGGACAAGUACACUUUGGUUUAAGCUCCAGCACACCCACCGAAUCUCCAUUGCUUCCAACUUUGCCCCAGAAGGGUACACCCAAAAAUAUGUCCAGUGUCAGCCAGGCGGAACAGGCCGAGGAGGAUUACUAUCAAACGCCUAGGAAAUCCAUUAUUAGUAUUGACGAUAAGAUACCCUCUUAUUAUCCGAAUAGCUGUGAUUCCCUCAAAUCAAAGCGCCAUCAUCAUCCAUCAUCGAAUCUCCGUCAUUUGGUUAGCUCCAAAUUGGGUCGUCAGCGUAAGGAGAAUCUAUAUAUAUCAUCGCCACAGCAAAUAAUUGAACAGCGCCAUAAGACUAAGAGUUUCAACAAUAAGAAGACUGCCGCCCAUAAGAUUUCCGAGGGUGUCUAUGCCGUAACCCAUGCAGGCAAACGUCCAACUAGCUCCAACAGCAGCAACAACAAUAAUAAUAACAAUAAUAAUAAUAUUAACGAAAACGAUUUAAUGAUGGAAGGAUCAGCUGGAGGAGAUGUCUUAAAUUUAAGUCUACUUAAGAAUAUUGAUUUCAAAUUCGAUGAUAGCCAAGAGAAAGGAUCGUCUCCUAAGCCACAAGAGCAACUGGUUAAAGUGGCAACCGAAGACAAGGGAGAUGAUUAUGAGAAUUGCUAUCAGGCUGCCGAACAGGCCACACGUCUGCUCCAGAAAUAUGCAACUUUGGCCAAAUUCGGUAAUUCACCAAGUAAAGUGGCAAAGGAUAAGCAACUCCUUGCCCCAGCACCACCUAUGACCCAAUCGGUGGUCUCGAGUGAAACUGGAGGAGGUGGAGCAGGAGGAGCCACAUCCUCAACUGGCAAUACCAAGAAGUUUGCCUCAUUGCCGCGUUUCAAGAAAAUUGAUUUCUCUCCCCUGAGAAUGCGAAUAAAUAAUGUUCUACAACGAAACUCACCAUCGCCGCAGCAGUGAUUAGUUACUAAGAUUGAAAAUAAUCCACCGUAUAACGCUUAAUACUCUACUCGUAUUAUAUAAUUUAAUAAUGGACACUUAAAUUGGAUCGAUAUAUCCGUAUUUUGUGCAGUCCAAAUGCUAAGUUAUGUUUAUCUUGUGAUUGUUUAACAAGUUGUUUUAUUAAUUUAUUUUAAUCCAUGUAUGUAAUACGCUUAAUGCCCCUAACCUUCCUCCCCUCUCCAUCAUCAAUGGAUAUAGCUUUUAAUCGAUGUUGAUCUUUGCAUACUCCCCCCACCCCCGUCAGAUAAUUAUUGUAUUAAGUAUAAGAAAAGUCAUCAUAUCAACUAAACUUUAAUUAAGUAUUAAUUUUAAA